AUGGACGCAGUGGCUCGGAUUGUGCAGAACGACGAGCUCGACGAGCCAGCCAAGAUAGAUGCAAUAGCCGUGGAACGUGGCUGGUUUUCCGGCAAGAUGGACGCCAUCGACAAUUACCUCGCUGGCGAUGGCAGCGAUGCAGCUGCGACCGCUGCAAAGCUCGCGGCGCCUAUCGACGAGGCCUAUUCGACAGCAGACCACGGAAGAGCAUUGUAUGAAGCAGAGAUUACGGCCCGCAACCAACGCCGUCACUGGAGCCUAGCCGAGGCGCUUGACAGGUGGGGACCCGAGGAGGAUAUUCCACAGCCGGGUCCGGAGACAGCCGACCUCCCGACGGCGGAGGGUCAGCUCUGGGACCUCUGGUACAGCGUCCUGCACGCCGCAAAGCGCAACCCGUGGACCGAUGAAACCCAGCAGAGCAAGCUGGUAGACCUCGUCAAAGCCCUCAAGGCCAGGCCGGACCCGGCUCAGCCGUCGCGCAUGACAGCUCCGCUGAAGAACAACUGGAUCUGGACCUCCGGGUCCUUGUGGAGUACUCUCCCCAUGCUGGGCCCGAGUGCCCGGGAGAUGUGGAACGACAGUUGCGGCUUCGGCGCCGGCUGGACCGUGCCCGAGCAGCAUGCCGAGACGAAUGUCCACGCCUUCGUUGCCCGCCUUACUGCGAGCGGGACGUCCGACUUCACCACUUAUGCCAGGUGGGCAUUGUGCGACGCCCUGGAGACCAACACCGGAGGAGCCGGUCUGCAUCACCACGCGCCCCGUCAGACCCAGCUGGCGCAUUCCUUGACUUUGGCUGCCGUCUGGAUCCACAUUGCCGGGAAGUAUAUGCGUGAGUGUGAACAGCACGAGGCCCUUCCCGGGUACACCGAGGUCAGCUUGGACGCAAGAGGGAAAAUCUUGCCUUGGUCGGGAAAGUCGGACGGGCCGCAUUUCUCUGACGCUCGGUGGGACUUUUGGCGCCGUAGGUUUGAUCAGGAGGCACACAACGAAGAACUACCGGAAGAGGUCAGACUUUUGGCUGCCGAGGCGGCCAAAACUAUUCAGGGUUAUUCUAUGUAA